AUGCUGGACAAGCAGAGCCGGAUCGUGAUUGUCGGUGGCGGCACCUUUGGUCUGUCGGCGGCUUACCACUUGGCCCGUUCCGGCUACAGCGCUGUCACCGUGCUGGAAAAGGGCGCCGCCAUUCCAGGGCCGCAGUCUGCCGCCAACGAUAUCAACAAGAUUGUGCGCGCCGAAUACACCGACCCGUUCUACUCGGACCUGGCCCUCGAGGCCAUUUCCGCCUGGACGGCCGACACCGUCUUUGCGCCGCACUACCACCAGACUGGCUACCUGCUGGGCGUUUCCGGGGCCGCACCCGAGGUUGGCCGCCGCACCCUGGCCCUGCAGCUCGAGAGCCUGCAGAGCCACCCUGCUUGGGCUGGGAAAAUCGAGCAUGUGCGCAGUCGUGAAGAUCUGCACCGCGUUGCACCCGCGCUUGACGGCGAUAUGCCCGGCUGGUCCGGCUACUUCAACUCGUUUUCUGGCUACGCCCACUCAGCCAACGCCUUGCGCGCCAUCCAUCGCACCGUCCUCGAUCUCGGCGUCCAGGUCGAGCUGGGCAAAGAUGUGGUCGAGCUUAUCUAUGAGGCUAUCCAGUCCGGCCAACCCGAUCAGUCAUGUCGCUGCGUCGGAGUCUCCACUGCUACCGGCCACCGCUAUGCCGCUGACGUCGUCAUCCUCACCCUCGGCGCCAACGUCGGUCGCCUUCUUCCCGCUGUCGGCAACCAGGUCGUCGCCAAGGCCUGGGCUCUCGCCCACGUUCAGCUGACCCCCGACGAGGCCAAACGGCUGCGCGGCAUCCCCGUCACCUUCAUGCGUGACCUCGGCUUCUUCUUCGAGCCCGAACCGACCACCGGCCUCUUCAAGGUCUGCGCCGAGGGUGCCGGCUUCUCCAACUUCGUUCCUUCCCUCGGCCUCUCCGUUGGUGCCUCCGUCGAGGACAGCGCCCUUCUCCCACCCGCUGCUGAGGCAAAGAUGCGCCGUCUGCUGGCCCAGGCUUUGCCCACCCUCGCCGAUCGCCCCUUUAUCGAUGGCCACCUGUGCUGGUGUGCCGACACUGCCGACAGCGACUAUGUCAUCGACACCGUCCCCGGAACCACUGGCCUUGUCAUUGCUACCGGUGACUCCGGCCACGGCUUCAAGAUGUUGCCCAUUGCCGGCAAAUGGAUUCAGGAGGUCGCCGAGAAGGGCCACCAGGACCUCCCUCGCUGGCGCUGGAAGGAAGGCGCCGAUGCGAGAGCCGCCGACAAGCACCGCUCCGGCGAGGUUGUCGACAUCAACGACAUCAAGGCAAAGAUAUAA